UCACGGGUCCUUGAUUCUCACCUUUAUUCUACAUGGCAAUCUGUCCCCACAACCACCCUUCUCACCCCCACUCACCUGGUCCCUAAAAACCAAAAACACCCACCCAUUUUCCUCCCCAACACCACACUCACUGUUCCAAAUUUUUGUCCCUAAGCUGCCCACAAGAGAACACAAAACCAUGCUUUCCUCUUCUUCUUCUUCUCUACCAGCUUCUUUUGCCUCUAACCUCUUCUUCGGUUGCCUCCUCACCUUUAAUGUCAUCAUCCUCACCUCGCAUUUCCCGACCGGGCUCUCGAAGCCAGGCACCAACACCACACAACAGCGUCACAGACAGUUGUCGUAUGGUUACUACGCGAGGACGUGCCCUCAGGUGGAGCAGUUGGUGGCUUCCGUGACGAACCAACAGUACAAGAAUGCUCCUGUCUCCGGCCCCGCCACCAUUCGCCUCUUCUUCCAUGACUGCUUCGUCGAAGGGUGUGAUGGAUCAGUACUGAUAGCCACAAAGCAAGGGAGCAAGGAAUUGGCAGAAAGGGAUGCAGUGGACAACAAGGACCUGAGGGCUGAGGGAUUCGAGACCGUAACAAAGGCCAAGGCAUUGGUGGAGAGCAAAUGCCCCGGGGUCGUCUCUUGUGCUGAUAUUCUCGCCAUCGCUGCUCGAGAUUUCGUCCACCUGACCGGGGGACCAUACUACCAGGUGAAGAAGGGAAGGUGGGACGGCAAAAUAUCAGCUGCCUCGAGAGUGCCACCUAAUCUGCCACGAGCAAACUCGACUGUGAAUGAGCUCCUCAAGCUCUUCAACUCCAAGGGUCUGAAGCUGCAAGACUUGGUGGUGUUAUCUGGUGCACACACAAUCGGGUUCGCCCACUGCAAACACUUCCUCGGUCGCCUCUAUGACUACAAGGGGUCGAAGGGCCCUGACCCUUCCAUCGAUUCUAGGCUCUUGAAGGCCUUGAGGAUGUCUUGCCCCCAUUAUGGGGGGAACGCGGACAUUGUUGCGCCAUUCGACGUGACGACCCCGUUCGGGUUUGACCAUGCCUAUUAUGGGAACUUGGAGGCUAAGCUGGGCCUGUUGUCGUCGGACCAGGCCCUGUUUAUGGAUCCUAGGACCCGGCCCAUUGUGCAGGAAAUGGGAAAGGAGAAGGACAGGUUCUUCCAAGCUUUUGCGGUGGCUAUGGAGAAGAUGGGUGCAAUUGGGGUGAAGAGGGGGAGAAAGCAUGGGGAGAAGAGGAGAGACUGCACCGUGCAUAUGUAACUUUUUCAGGUCUUCUCCGUGCAGAUUCGACGGGCUGUAACAAGGACCGAAGCUGACCAAAAGAUGUGCGACAUUAGUGAGGUCUAAAGGUGGAAUUCGGAUGAUCUAAUCAUCGUUGAUGAUUCAUCUCGAUAACUUUGUGUACAAUAUCGGGCAACUGCGUGGGAGUUAGCGAGUGUCCCAAACUUUUUUUUCUUUUUGUUUUGGGAGAGUGGCUACGGCUGCUUCUUUUUCUUCUUUCUAACCUCCCCCUUUUGGCCCCCUUGCCUUCAUGUUUUGAAAAUGGUUUUGGGGUACAUUGUGUGCAGAUAAGAUGAGGCUCGAAUGUUUGAAGAGUAUUUGUGAGAAACAAUAUUUCCAAAGUA